AUGGAUAGCCAAACGAUAAAAUGGUUAGUUUUUAACGGAAAAGCUGAAAACUACCCAGCAUGGAGCACAAAGUUCACCGCGUAUAUGCAAACGAAAGGUUUAUACAAAGCGCUUCUCGGGAAAGAAGUCGUACCAGAAGAGAUAGCACCGCUAGCAGGGGAUGCUUCAGACGAGCAGAAGGCCGAAUGGGAGGCAAAAGUUCAACAAAAAAAUAAACAAAUCGAAGAAAUUAAAGAAAGAAAUAAUACGGUAAUGUGUCAUAUUGCUUUAGCCCUCGACAAUAAUAGUCUCUUAUAUAUAAGACAUGAUUGCUUGUCAUCAGAUGGUGUUGGGGACGGGGCAAAGGCGUUGCGUUUGCUACAACAGAGAUAUUCCAACGUGGAAAAGCCAACUGUAGUAAGUCUAGUUCGUCAAAUUUCUCGAUUACAGUUAAAUGAAAAUGAAAAAUUAUCCGAAUAUUUUAUACGAGCGCAAGAAUUAAUGUCUCGAUUAACCGAAGCUGGUGAAAAGAUAUUAGAAACACUAUUCAAUGCCUUAGUUAUAAACGGACUUCCAGAGAAAUAUGAGCACUUCAUCGUACAGGAAAGUUUUAAUCCUGCAGCAAAUUUCACCGAAUUACGAACACGUUUACAAAAUUAUGAUGAUAGUCGACUACAAAGAAAUCAAGCAAAAGAAGAUAGUGCAACAGCUAUGUAUUCUGGAAAUACGUCAGGAAGAAAAAAAGGUCCAACCAAGCCGAAGGGAGAUUGUUUUGUAUGCGGAAACCCUGGACAUUUCGCCAAGCAAUGUAGUAAAAGAAGUUCAGCUUACUGCUCAAAGUGCAAGAAAAAGGGACAUUUACCAAAAGCAUGCAGAGGUUCAAGUAAACCUGAUAAAUCCACAAAAGAACCCAACUCAUUUGCAUCAUAUUCUCAAUGUAUGAACAGUGGUACUGAAACAAGCAGUGGUACUGGCAAACCAAACCAUCUCAUUAUCGAUACUGGUUGUACUGAUCACAUCAUUAGCCAAAAGGAACUUGUUGAAAACUUACAACCUUGCAGCAUCAAAAAUGUUAAAGAUCCAAAGGGAAAUUUUACUCCUGUUGAAGGAAUUGGUGAUGUACCAGUAAAGCUUCAUCUGAAAAAUGGAAAAGAGGAAGAAAUGGUUCUACGAAACGUACUUUAUGUGCCAAACUAUGAAGUGAACCUGUUUUCUGUCAAUCGAUCCGUCAGAUUUGGACACAAAUUCGUAUUUAAUAAAAGUGAAGCAAAGUUAAGAUUAAAUCAUGGUCCACAAGUCGAUCUCACUGAAGACAGUGGUUUAUUUUAUCUGAAGAUUACCUUUCAAAGGUCCAGUGCACGUCAUUCUACCACUUACAACACAAAUAAAGCAGCAAUCAAAGGAGGUAUUAAUCUGUGGCACCAAAGGUUCGGACACUUAAACAAGGGUGACGUCAAACGCACCAUUGGCUGUGAAGAUAAUUUGAAGGAAGUAUGCGAAACGUGUCCACUUGGAAAGCAAUCUAGUAAACCUGUACCGAAAGAAACGCAGAACAAGUCGCAGAAAGUUCUCGAACUCGUUUACUCAGAUAUACUCGGUCCAUUUGAAGUACCUAGCCUCAGUGGAUCUAGAUAUGCGAUUACAUUUAUCGACGAAUACUCGAAACAUUCCAUCGUAAAGUUUAUGAGCAAGAAAUCCCAAGCUUUUGAAAAAUUUAAAGAGUAUGUAGCUGAAUACGGAACACCUCAAAGACUGAGAACUGACAAUGGAGCUGAAUACACAUCGAAGCAAUUCAAGGAUUACUGCAGAAACUCAAAAAUAAAGCAAGAAUUUACUGUUCCAGAAACCCCACAACAGAACGGAGUUGCAGAACGCUUCAAUCGAACUGUAGUUGAAAUGGGACGAUCUCUGUUAAUCCAAGCCAAGUUACCAAAGUGCUACUGGGUAAGAGCCUUAUCUACAGCAGCUCACAUACGAAAUCUUACAGUAACUGCCAAUAGCAACCAAGGAAAGAGUCCUUUUGAACUCUUUACCGGAAAACCACCAAGGCGCAACCACCUACGAGUUUUUGGCUGCACGGCAGUUAUGAAAAGAAAGAUCAAUAUGAAAAAGCUGGAUUCGAGAUCGGUGAAAGCCAAAUUUAUCGGUUAUGAUGACAAAAGCACAGCCUACAUCUUGCAAGAAUUCGACUCGAAAAAAGUCAUCAAAGCACGUAAUGUCAUCUUCAAAGAGAACGAAAUCCAGUCAUUCUCAGCCAGAGAAACAAUGAGUCCAGACAACCCAAACCUUGUGAGUCCAAACAUGGAUUUUGAAGAUGAUCGCUCGAAUGACGAAGCCACAAAGAUAUCGGUCCAAGCUAGAGUGGGGGAAAAUGAUAAGACACCUGUUGUUCAAAAUCCACAUCAAGUCGAAGAAAACCCUGAGGAAGACGAAGUCGCACUCCCCAGAGAAAGCAGAAAUCGUCGCCCCCCGGAACGAUAUGGAUUACCCUACACGUUUAACAUAACAAAAGAGGAAAACAUACAAGAACCCAGGUCGUAUAAUGACGCAAUUCGUUCACCGCAUGCAGAAAACUGGAGAAAAGCUAUGCAAGCAGAGUACAAGUCACUAAUGGACAAUAAUACCUGGACAUUAGUCGAUGAACCAGAAGAUCAACAAGUCUUACCUGGAAAAUGGGUGUAUAAAGUAAAGUAUUGA